GUUCCUUCCCGUUCACAGAACCAAGAAAUUUUACCCAGGUUAAAAGGAUGCCGGAUAUUGACGGCCUUGUGAAUGAGUUUGUCUCAAAGCUUGAAAACCGUAAGGUAGAGGGAUCGCAUGCCACUGCUCGCUCAACCGCAGAGUUGCUUCGAUCGUUGAUUUCGCAGCAGAGGUUGCCGUCUACAAACCAGGCUGAAGCACUCAUUGAGGCUGUAAAGGUUGUAGGAGAGAAGUUGACUGCCGCGAACCCUGUGGAGCUAGCUGUUGGAAAUAUUGUGAAGCGUGUACUGCAUAUUAUACGGGAGGAGGAUCUUUCGGCUGUGACAAGCGAUGUUGGCGGGUUAUACUUAUCAGCUGAAACUGAUGACGAAGAUAUAGCUGAGUGCGAUUAUGACCAUGUUGCUUCUGCUGCUGCUGUUGCUUGUAGGAGAAUUCUGCAUCGACCUUCAUUGCAUACUCUUCUAGAGAACAUGGGUGGUGAUUCUGAAGCAAAAGCGGAUAGAAAUUUGAGCAGCCGAAAAUUAAAGCAUAACAUCAUCGAGGCAGUUAAUGAACUAAUUGGAGAGAUUGAUGCUUGCCACGAACAAAUUGCUGAGCAAGCAGUGGAGUAUAUUCAUCACAAUCAGGUGAUAUUAACUUUAGGCCGUUCCAGAACUGUGUUGGAAUUCCUAAAUGCUGCGAAGGACAAAAAACGAUCAUUUCGUGUUUUCAUCGCUGAGGGUGCGCCAAGGUACCAGGGACAUGUCCUUGCGAAAGAGUUGGCCAAAAGAGGUGUGCAGAGUACUGUUAUUACUGAUUCUGCAGUGUUUGCCAUGAUUUCUCGAGUAAACAUGGUUAUAGUUGGUGUCCAUGUGGUGAUGGCCAAUGGUGGGAUCAUAGCACCUGUUGGGUUGAGGAUGGUUGCACUUGCUGCUCGCACUCAUGCUAUCCCGUUUGCUGUUGUAGCUGGUAUGCACAAGUUGUGUCCCUCAUACCCACACAAUCCAGAGGUCUUGCUAAAUGACAUGAGAUGCCCAUCUGAAUUGAUCGAGUUUGGCGAAUUUUCCAACUGCAUGGAUUUUGGAAUUGGCAGUGGUUCUCCUCUUGUUCAUGUUGUCAAUCCUGCAUUUGAUUAUGUGCCUCCGGAGCUUGUUAGCCUGUUCAUCACUGACAUAGGAGGACAUGGCCCAUCCUAUAUGUACCGACUCAUUGCUGAUUAUUACUCUGCCGAUGAUUUGGUUCACCAACAGAAGCCCAGCUUACCAACGGUGAACAGUUUUUUACCACAUUCUGACCUACUUGGUUAAGUAAUUCUUUUGGGUUAAUUUACAGAUUUGGAAAGGAUACUUAGUGUAGGCAGUAGCACAGAAAUCUGCCAGCAAGUGAAUGGAUGUUUUACUGUAAGAGAACAGAAUGGAAAAUGAUAGUUUUCCUUUCUGUGGAUUAUUUCCAGAAAGAAAUAAAAUCAAGGUAAAUCAAGUUUCUUUUUUUU